AUGGACGCAAGGAUCUCCAUUGCGCCAGAGGCCCGGUGGCCCGGGCUGGAUGGGCGCGGCGAGGUGCGCGUGGACUUCUGCUAUGGGGGCUCAUACUCCAUCGUCGUCGACUCCAGGGCCCUAGGCUUCGAAAGCGGCCUGCGGGGAAUCGAUUUGGACCGCGUGCAACAUCGUGCUGAGACGUUGAAGCGUGCCAUAGCAGCAAUGGGAAAGGAGAGGCUGGCGGAGAUCGGCAUUCCCCUGGCUGCACAGUGCGCUUAUGGCAUAAUGGUCUCGGACGACACGAUAGGAACUGCGAAGAAUGGAAGUGAUAGAUCUCCGACUGGAUCCUGCGUUGUCGCCCGGAUGGCGCUGGCCCAUGCGAAAGGACCUAGACCAGUCGGCAAGCGAUGGACCUACGAUUCAAUAGUAUCCAACUCGUUCUCUGCGGGCUCAUUCACAGCUGAAGUCAUAGAGGAAUUAUCACUUGAAGGGCUUCCAAACGACCUGAGGAAGGCAGUAAGGGUGCGGGUGGAAGGGCAUGCUUCCUAUAUCGGAUUCUCGACGUUCGUCGUUGACGAUAACGAUCAAAUAGGAUCAGAUGGCUUCCUCAUGCAUAACCUUGAAUUUUAA